UUUUCUCAUUCCUUUCCUUUUGGAUCAUCGCGUUCGUUACAGCGACUAUCUUAUUCACUCAUUCUAAGAUGGCAUCGCAGAGACUUCUCGCUGCAUUCGCGGCCCUCUCCAUCCUCAUUGGAUCUGAGGCUAGCCCCUGCAAGCCGAUUUCUUCCACCACUGAGAUCCAGGCUACAUCAACCUUCUCUUCUGAGACUGAGACUGCCACUACUAGCGACGCCACUUUCACCUCUGAGCUGACCUCAACUGAGUCGAGCUACGCCACGGACAUCACCAUCACUGAGAGCGAGACAGCGACAUCCAGUGAAGCUGAGUCCACCUCAACCGUGGUUGUUUCCACUACCGAGACUUCUGCUUUCACUUCUACUACGGAAGCUGCCUCUACUACCUCGGCUGCACCUGUUGAGACACCUACUAUCAUCAUCAACGGUGACUUUGAAACCGGUAGCAUUGCUCCAUGGGUCAACUUCGGCAUCGGCGCCUUUGCCGACAUCGACCUUUCAUCAGUCCAUUCAGGCUCUUAUUCUCUCAAGAUGGGCUCCCAGGCUAGCGAAUGGUCAAAUGUCUUCCAAGUUCUCCGCAAAUCAACCCUCGUCGCAAACCAGCCUUACAGUCUUACUCUAUACGCCAAGGUCAGCUCUGGCACUUCUUGCAGUGCUUUCGAGGCGUUCAUCGACAACAACGACCUCAACGAUGCCUUUGGAUCGAGGAUUAGUGUUACUGGUGCCCAGAUAGCCAGUGACUUUACUGGUCUUUCGGGCGAGUUUUCUCUGACACAGACUGCUUUGGACAGUAACAAUCCUAUUCGGGUCAUCAUCAGGGCGAAGUGCAGCAAUGGCUUCGUGGCCUGGGUGGAUGACGUUCAUUUGGGUAUCUCAGACUAAUUUUACUCAUCUCCGGGAAACAGUGAAGGUAAUGGCAGUAGCCAAGACUUAAGGACCAUUUUUAGAUAUAUUUUCAUUAUAGCAGGCAACCUGAUUCACAACCAGGGCUUCGCUACACAUAACUGCCUAUCCCGCAUCCUUUUAUGGUUGUAAAAUAAUUAGACUUUCCAUUCUUAACAUAUCAUUUAGUCUCACCACUCAAGUAUCUAAGUUACAACGACGAUAUACAUGGUCCGCUCUCAGU